GGUGAAACAAGUGCAUGUAAACCAGUUAUUAUGAAAACGGUACCUAUGUGUUCUUGAAUUGUCCGCUCAGUGACAGUUAAACCCUCUUGAAUAUUGGAUGAUUUUGUGAUUUACUUCGCGACUGAUUGGAAUAUUAUGCAAAUCUCAUUAUAUCUUCUGGCAUUUUUGGCCAUCAGUGAAACUCAGCAGAGAGAGUACGGAAACAGGAACCGUCGAUUAUCGUUCCAGUCAUCGUAUCCCUCCGAAUCCAGCAACUUACAGAUUGGAGGCAUAGACGUAGACAGCUAUGGAAAAACAGCUGAGCUUCCUGCACAAGACUCCUAUCCGUAUUCUACAGGAGUAGGAAAGUUCCUUCCUUUCCACCAAUACACCCACCCGGACAUUUCCUUCGAAGCGGACAUAGAACCGAACCUCCGAUCGCAGCAGCUGCACCGAUUACCCCGAAUCCAGUCGGCCAGCAGCAAUGCCGUCGAUAAGCCGGUGCAGGAAUCUCAAGAGUACGUGCCGCCCCAGGCGGCCGGCACUGCAGUAAUCCCCGGGAUGCCGCCUCCAGCCACCCCGGUCAGCGCGGCGGCGGCCAACGUGCCCGGAAAUGGAGGGGCGGUCUUCCUGGGGUCUGGGUCGCUUGGGGUGAUCGACUUGGGAGGAGGUGCCUAUGCCCUGGGCUCGGGAGGCCUUGGAUACUCAGACACAAGACAGAAUCCCAGACCGUCAAUAAGAUCGCCAGCUCUGCCACCUAUCGGGGCAGAUCCAAAUUUAGUACCCGCGGCAGUGAACACUCCACAACAAGACCCUUCGUUUGUCCUACAUGAUUAUCCAUUAUCAGCAGAUCAACCUUCACAAACGGAUCAAAAUGGAUAUGAAUUCCUCCGUCCAGAUAGAGUUGGCUUUGGUGAUCCUUUGCCAAUAAGACCACUGAAGACCACCAAUACCUAUGCAACCCCCACCAAUCUACUAAUACGACCUCAAAGCCCUUCUUAUCAGCAACCUGAUAUAUAUCAUCAACUGUAUGGUCAGAGUAAUGCUGGCCUAUAUUCUUCUUCGUUCCUGAAAAAAUGAUGUUACUGUGAUUUUUCAAAUAUCAUUGUGCAAUUUGUUUUAUGAUGAAUUUUGUAUUGCUAAUAUAUUUUGGGCAAAGUAAGGUCAUAGUUUGAAGGGCGAAGAAUCAUGUUUUUAUUAUAUAAAUGAUAAUUGUCUUGAAACAUAUUUUUGUUGGUCAGUCAUUAUUAGAAUAUUUCUAUGAAAAUUAUCAGCCAUCAAUAUGGAACAAGAAAAAAUCAAAUCUGCAUUGGAUCAAUUAUAAGAUUAUUAUAUGUAUGUAUGAAAUUCAUCAAAACCCAAGACACUAGAUUUUAUUGACAUAAUUAUUCCUAAUUUUCAUGAAUAUUUCCUAUACUCAUAAGGGUGCAUGUUUCAGGAUUCAGUAUUGAGAUUUCAGCUUUUUCUUCUUAUAAUUAUAAGAAUGUUCGUUGUAACACCACAUUUUCAUCAUUGAUGGAAGUUACGUACGUCACUCUCUGAUGCACCGAAUUGUUGAAUAAAAAACGCAACUGCUUAUCUCAUUACUCAUUUUUAAUUGCGUGAUCUGAUGGUGAUUUAGGUUGAUUUCAAUUAGACGCUCAGAAUUGAAGCGAAAACAAAUGUGAAAUAAAAAACGAUGUAUUAAGAGUGUUAUUGGAGUUGUUGUCUUCAGAUCCAGAAGUUCUAGCAGUUCUUCUGAUAGUUCCGAGAAUGGAAUAUUAUAUUGGGGAGUAGACGAGAUAGGUUGAAAAUUCUCGACAAUUUAAAUACAAAACAUUGCAAUAAAUCAAAAUGAGCACCUACUUAUACCUACUUAAAUUUCUGUUGAGUUUUUUAGGUUAUGCUGUUGCUGUCAUUUCGGAAGUCACCAAAACUUGUCCACCAUCUCUGUCCUUAUAUAAUAAUAAUAAUGUUUAUUCACUGAUCUGAAUAUAAUUCAAAAAUACAUAAAAAUUAGAUCGUAAAUAAACGAAGUAUCACAGAUGCAAAAAUUUGCUUGUACGUGACUUUGAUAAUAGGAAUAUAACAGACUUACUUAAUUAUGAAUGAAUAAUUCAUGGAAGUGAUAUUUCACUGACACUAACAUUGACAUACGCAAACGCUUAGUUGCCGAUGUAAAGAGCGUUAUAGUUUCAAGAAUUUCCUAUUUUGCAAGUACCAUUCUAUGGAAGUCAAGUUUUGUUAGCUUUCUUAUACCUAGAAAUGUUCGAAAACUUGUGAUUAAGAUCACAAACUAAAUAUGUAAAGCAUUAUUAAUUUUUUUUAUGUUAAAAAUUUCCAUCUUAACAAGCAAUUGAAAACAAAAGAUCUUUUUCUCGAUAAUGGUCGCAGAUGCGUAAAAUUCAUGGAAGACAAAAAAAAUCAUAAACAAAACAAGUAGCUCAUUUUGUGUUUCAAAAUAUACCGGGGUAGCAAAACAAAAAAGUUUUUGGAGCGAAAAUGGGUUUAACUCCUCAACUGUAUGAUGUGUAUCCUAAAACGUAUAACCUAUGUUCCAAACUCGAUCUGAAAAUCUCGAAAACAAAAAGAGCAAUUGAGAAAAACAAGAUCUUGAAGUAUUAAUGCUCUGUAGAUCGGAAACGAAGCGUUUGUGUACACAUAUUUGUAGAAAAAAAAGUUCAAAUAAUGAUUGUACAGUGAAUAAAUGCUUGGAAGAAUUCUUGUUAACAUAUUCAAUUAAUUCACCUAUAUUUAUAAUGGUGUUCCAGACAUUUUUCUGUUACGUAUAUUUCUAGUGUUAUAUUUUUGAGAAAUCAUCAAUAUACUAAAC